ACAGAGUCAACAGGCUGUACGAGGAGCAGACGGAACGUCUGUAGGACUGGACAAAAACAAACCAGCGGGUCAACACACUGUGACCACGUACUCGACUUUACUUGAAAGACGUUUUAGAAUCAUUCUUUUAAUCAGCUGAUUUUUUUUUACAUUUAUUUUUAAUUUUUUAUCGACUUGGGAUGUAACUUUCAGUGUUGUUUCCUGCGCCCAAGCGGAGCUCUCUUUUCCCGGUCAGUUUUAUCUUGCGUUCGCUCACGUCUCCGAGGCGAAGUUGCUGCUUUUGAGGAGCGACAGGUUCGUCACAAUUACAUGACAUUGUAACACUUUUCUCACUCACCUUUCGACCAUGGCGGAAGCGCCUCAGCAGCCACACCUGGUGGAAAUCGACCCGGAUUUUGAACCGCUGUCGCGGCCCCGGUCGUGCACUUGGCCAUUGCCCCGGCCGGAGUUUAUCAACCCGGGCGACUCCAACACCUCUUCACCAGUCCCAUCUGUCAAGCAGGAACCCGCCAACAACACCGAGUUCAUCAACAACCUGAGCUUGCUGGAGGAGACCGAGGACUUCACAGAGCAGAAACCCAUCAUCCUGUGCACUGAUUUCCAGUGUCAGGAGAACUGCGUCCACCAGCAAGCUCCACAGCAGCAGCAGCAGCAACAUCAGCAGCAUCCGCAGCAGCAGCACCCGAACCCGCAACUCCCGCAUCAGCAGCAGCAGCAGGUGCCUCUGCUCUCCACCCCGGUCGGCUCGUCGUCCUCAGCGGCCGCGGCCGCCGCUGCUGCCGCUGCCCAGAGGAAGAGCAGCUCCUCCCGGCGAAACGCAUGGGGGAAUAUGUCAUAUGCAGACCUCAUAACCAAAGCUAUCGAAAGUUCUCCCGAGAACCGACUAACUCUCUCUCAGAUUUAUGACUGGAUGGUGAAGAGUGUGCCUUAUUUCAAGGACAAAGGAGACAGCAACAGCUCUGCAGGAUGGAAGAACUCCAUUAGACACAACCUGUCCCUCCACAGCCGCUUUAUUCGAGUGCAGAAUGAGGGGACGGGCAAGAGCUCAUGGUGGAUGCUAAACCCGGAGGGCGGGAAGAGCGGCAAGUCCCCGCGACGCAGGGCAGCCUCCAUGGACAACAACAGCAAGUUCACCAAGAGCAGAGGAAGAGCAGCAAAGAAAAAGCUGUCCCUGCAGGGCGGCCCUGAUGGAGGUGCAGACAGCCCAGGCUCCUACUCCAAGUGGCCUGGCAGCCCCAACUCCCACAGCAAUGAUGACUAUGAUGCAUGGAACAGCUUCAGGCCUCGGACCAGCUCCAACGCCAGCACUCUUAGCGGUCGCCUCUCGCCCUUUGUGCCUGAGGAUGACCUUGGAGAGGCAGACGUGCAUAUGGGCUACCCCGGAGCCCCCGGGGCCAAGAUGACAGGCACGCUGCCCAGUCUCACAGAGAUGACAGGCUCUCUGGGACACAGUUCUGAGAAUGUCAUGGAGAACCUCCUGGACAACCUGAACUUGCUCUCUCCAAAUAACUCUCAGGUUGGAGGAGGGGCGACAACCCCUGGCUCCUCCCAGUCCUCCCCUUCUCCAAUGAUGCAGCCGAGCCCUGGGUACCCCUCUUACAGCUCGCCCAGCAUGGCUUCCCAGUCUCAGCAGGAAUACCACAAGUGUGUGUAUGGCCAAGCAGGAAUGAACAGCCUGUCAUCUAUGCCACUGCAGACACUGUCAGAGAAUAAAUCCAGCUUCGGGCCCAGUAUGAGCCAGUACUGCAGCACCGCAGGGCUUCUGAAGGAACUGUUGACAUCCGAUACGGACCAGCACGGAGAGCUAAUGCCAUCAGUGGACACUGUUGUGUCUCAGUCCAGCGGAGGCUGUAUGCUGCCACCAUACAACAGCAGCCAGCAUGCGGCCAAACUCAUGGGAGGAGGAAGCAGUCAUCCACAUGGUCUCCCUCACACUCAUCCCCACAAUGUGCACAGCCCAGCCUCAGCCACAUCAUCGGCUAUGAAUGGCCGUUUGCUCAUGACCUUGAACUACAGCGGGGGCGCCGCACGUUUACCGACAGCCAAAAGCCAGAUGCAGAUGCCUUAUGACCUCUCUGCCCACCUCGGCGGGGGAGGCAUGCCCGGCGGCUUCUGUCCUCUUAACACCAACAGAUAUGGUCGACCAGGAUUGUCAGCACCCUCGCAUCAAGAAAAACUGCCCAGUGACCUGGAUGACAUGUCCAUUGAGAAGUUUGAGUUUGACAUGGAGACAGUCCUCCAUGACACUCUAAUGGACGGGGACUCAUUGGACUUCAACUUUGAGCCAGUGGUGACCCAACAAGGUUUCCCACAUGGGGUGAAGACCACCACGCAUAGCUGGGUAUCAGGUUAGAGACUGUGAUUCACAAAAAAGUUCUUUCUACUUAAAUUCCCGUUGCUGACAUGGUCACAAUCAGAACUGACAUCGGACUAAAAAUGUAUCUGAAGAUACAUUCCUCAUCUGGACAUAACCUGCAGUCACUGUUCCACCAUCAUUUCUGUUUCAAAAAAUACUUCUCAGAUCACUGCAGCAGACUUGACCGGUCCUGAUCUGCUGAGGACAAAUGACCACCAGAGUUCUUGAAGGUGACGUCAGGAUUAUUUUCUGAAAUAAGUCAGUGCAAACUAAGUGCCAAACGUUUUGCCUUAACAUAUGAGCCAAACUGAAACACACGUCUCUGGUUUACUAUACAGUAGUUGUAAUCUUUGCAGACAAUACUGCCAACUACAGUACCAUCUCAUCAUGGUCAUCUGCAGAAGCAGCAGCAGAGCAGUCUGUUUAAGAACUUAAACUCACACCAAGCUGUUUACUGUGUCACAUCAAUCAAGAUUUUUGUAAUGGUGAUCGAUUACUGCUGCGGAGAAAUCAAAGAAGGUAAUCUGGCGAAUGGGUUAUGUUGACAGACAUGAUUUAAAACAAGAAAAAAAAAGAGAGAUCUUUCUCAACGGAUCCUUGAGUGAUGUUACAUAAAAACGUACUUCUUGAAUGUAGAUAUUGUAAUCAUACAGUUUGUGAAAUCAUUUCUUGUCAUGUAUUUUUCACAAUUGUAAAUAGUGUUUACAGAAUGGAAGCAAAAAUCGAGGCAGCAGAAAUGAGCCCCACAGAGAAAACUGGAUCAGACUCUUUUCAACCGUGCUAAGUGGACAGAUCUGCGCUAGAGAUCAAUCAGGCUGUAAAAUGAAAACGCGCGUUUUGAUUUCUUGUAAAUACAUUAAGAAUGUCUAUUAAAAAUGAUGCAGUUAGAUGUUUACUAGAUUCAGCAUAAAUUAUUUGUGGUUAAUAGAGAUUUAUGCUGGUGCAUAACCUGCACUCAGACAUGAGAAUUGUUCUGGGUCAUUCGUCACUCUGAACCUUAAUACCACAGGGGCCUAUUUAUUGUGCCUAACAAAGUAAAUUUAGACUGCGGGCUUGAAGGGUUUUAUAUUGUAAAUGUCUACGGUCCAUACGAUACUCAAAUCCAGCAGUCUUGAAGAACGGUGAACUCUUUCUUGUCAGUUUCCUACUUUGACUUUUCUUUAGAAGUCGGGAAGAAAUAAGUGACUGUAAAUUGUUAUUGUUAUGGUUUCCUGAACACUUUUCGGCGCUGUGAAUGUUACAAGGUCAAGACGGUUUGGAUAAAAGAUAUUCUCAGCGCUACUGUUGUUUUCACACCAAGGCUGCAUAACACCUGCAGAAGAUGCCGCCAGUAACCAGCCUGUGCCCUGCUCAGUUUCACAACUUUUUUGUAUUUUCUUCUGUGUCUUAAAAGGUUACUGUGACUGAUUUAGAUAGCACAGCGUCCAAAAGAGCCCUCUCAUGCUGUCAGUAGGAACAGCCUUACUGCUUUCACUGCCCCUCCUACCUCUACAUAUCAUCGUGUCCUUCUAAACAUUUGAUAUUAUGGUAUCACGUGACUUGAUAGCGCAAAUUAUCAUUUCCGUAACAGGUCUGUUUUAAAUUAUUGUUCGUUUUCCAAGCAAACUGCCACUAAGUGUUACGUGUCUGAUUCUUUAUCUCAGCUUGUAUAUUUGCAUUUUCAAACGGUCGUUUCCCAGUCGUUGCUGUUCUAGCGACAAACUUUUCAGCCCGUCGUUGACUUUUAUUAAGCAGAAUCAAAA